AUGGCAUCAGAGACAGUCUAUAAAGUGGGAGAUGGGGAAGAGGCCAUCAUGAAGAAAGAAAACCUCAAUGUCAUAAAUGUACUUGAUCAAAUGCCAAAGCCUUUUCCAAACCCCAAGUCUAUGAACCGGACAGUCACUAGCAAAGGACUCCCACUUUCCUCAAAAGGCAGUUUGGUUAAUUUCUUGGAGGACAACACCAUCAACUUACCGAAGCCGACACCAGUGGAGGAUUCCGAAUGCAGCUCUGAUGACACCAGCAUCUCCCCGCUCUCAUCCACCUUGCUGAACCCCAUCAAAUUGGCCGUCACCCAGCCCAACAGCAGUUUCUUUGCAGGAAUAUUGGAGGGGGAGCUGAACAGACUCAGUUUUUCCUCAAUAGUCAAGGCCACAGAGAAGGGGGACCUGACCAUCUGUACCCGCCAAUCUAAGUCCCACAUGACUCCCAGGGACCUACUGGACCUUGACAACCCUGAGCUGGAUACAGACACCUCCUCAACACACUCAGAAUCCUCUGUGGUUGUGGACUUGCCAGAGGCCCCCUUCAUCUGCGAACACACCGUCAGCGAGUCCACGGCAGUGAUCUCCUGGACAUAUGCCUUGGGCAAGCAGCAGGUCAGUUUCUACCAGGUCCUGUUGCAGGAAGUGCCCAAGGAAAGCGAAGAUGAGCUGCCCAAGGCAAAGAAUCGUCCCUGGAUCUUCAACAAGAUCAUGGGCACCACUGUCAAGCUGAUGGAGCUGAAGUCUAACACAUGUUACUGCCUCACUGUCCGAGCAGCAAACACAGCAGGGGUGGGGAAGUGGUGCAAGCCCUACAAAUUUGCAACCUUGGCCACUGACUUCAACAGCUUUCCUGAGAACAACCCCAUCCAGAUCACCGUGCAACGCAAGGAACCCCAGCGGAGAACCGUGUCCAUGGGGCUGGAGGAGAUGCGGAGGCUGGAAGAUCUGGAGUACUUAUUUCCCUAUUAA